AUGCCUGAAAAGGACAUCACCUGCAUCGUAGCUUCGGGUGAUAGAGCAGUAUUCAUGAAGAUUAACACUUCAACCACCAUUCUUGAUCUAAAAUUUGAUGUGUCAGAUAGGUUAGAUCUUCCAUAUGAAUCAUUAAGUUUGUCAUUCAAAGAUGAAACGAACGGAAGCUUCAAAUUUCCUAUUGAGAACGAGGGGGAUCUGUCGUCUAUGGUGGAGCAUUGCCAUAACAGAGGAUUAAAGGAGGUUCACAUGCAAGCUUUCAAGGAAAAAGAGGAUUCUUCAAAAGUCCACAACGCUGUUCAAUUAAUCGCUACUAGCAGUAUGAACUCAAAAAGCAUAGAGGGUGGCCCGCCGUUGUCGACGCCCACAUGUGUUUCAGAUAGGAUCCCCAAUGAUAAUCCUUCUGGAGAUAAUGUUCCGAUGAUUGAUGACAUGAUUAGAAGAUCAGAGAGGAUUUCUGCUUGGUGGAACACUGCUUUAACCGGUGAGGGACAACGGUUUGAGAGUGCGAAGGAAUUAAGAUUGGCUUUACUAUACUAUUCCAUGGCCAAAAAAUUCGAGUACUUGUUUGCUAAGAAUGAACCGAAGCGUAUUCGAGUCUUUUGUCGGUUCAAGGAAGCCCAAAAUUGCCCGUGGAUGUUAUUUGCCUCUCCAACACAAAAUGAGAACAGACUUGAAAUCAAAACCUUCGUGGACAACCACACAUGUGGGAAUUUUGGCAAUAAUGCAUGUCAAUCUAGGGCGUCACGACAAUUCAUUGCGACCCAAGUAUUACCCACGUUAAAGGUCCGACCAGAUUUACAACCUAUCGACGUACAAAAGGAGUUACUAACUUCGUAUAGGCUUAGGGUCGAUUAUAGCAAGAUAUGGUGGGGUAAAGAAAGAGCACAAGAGUAUGUAGAAGAGGUUAAGAAGACAAACUCAGGUAGCUACAUUCAUGUUGAACAAAAUGAGGGGAGGUUUUCAAAGCCAUUCAUCUGUUAUGCCGCCUGCAUAAAUGUGUUUUUGAAUGGUUAUAGACCACUUAUAUUUUUGGAUGGUACCUUUCUGAAAGAUCGUUUCAAAGGUUUAUGGUCUAUUCUCUAUGAAAGGCCAGAUCCAUACAACCCUCUACACAAGCUAGUUAUAAUAUCUGAUGCGGAUAAGGGGAUCAGAGAAGCAGUCAGAGAAUAUUUUUCGGAUGCUAUACACUCUAGAUGUGUUCUGCAUCUAGUUGAGAAUUUUAGGACAAAGUUGCGGGAUUUGGGUUUCAAGGCAAAGGAUACUCAGAUUUUGGGCAACCUUCUAUAUGGUCACGUUACAUCAAAUGUUGCAGAGUCAUUCAACAAAUGGAUACAUGAGGCUAGGCUUCUACGGAUACUACAACUCGUAGAACACAUACGUAAACAGAUUAUGGUUCGCAUGAAUGAGCGACGAUUAAUGGCUGAAAGUUGGAAUGGAUUUCUUUGUCCCAAAGCUGAACUUGUCCUCAAAGAGAACAUGGAAAAUGGGCGUCCAUUGGAUGUGCGUCAGUCUCAUACAAGAUUAUUUGAGAGGGAUGUUUACCAAUUCUGUGACUGGUUUAUGACGGUUGAAGCUUUUAAAAAGAGCUACGAGCCAAUCCUCUACCCCAUCCCCGAUUACGAGAAGCGUAGCGUACCACGGGAGGAGAUACAGAUCCUACCACCAUUAACAACAAAAAGAAAAGGAAGAAAUAAGACCAGGCGUAUCAACAACAGAACAGUUUACACCCGGCCACUUAAAUGCUCUCGAUGUCAUGUGGAAGGUCACAACCAUAAAACAUGUAAUGAAUCUAUUGCUGACUAA